ACGCCCUUCAUUAGUUGAGUUUGUCGGCCGGCUGCGGACGCUACUGAGAGGAUUACUACGUGCUUGUGUUGUGUUGUUUUUUUUUUUUUUUGAUUUUUUUUUUUUAUUCCCAAUUUUUUUAUAUUAUUUUACACCAGUGACGAUGCUCUAAGAGCAGUUGUUAAUUAAGCGAACGGCUACGCCCGCAAUAAUAUUACUGAAUAAUAUAUAUUAAUCGGUGAAGAAGAAAUACUGUUCGUGUGCGAUCUCGAGAUUAAAUACGGUGUAGCAUUUUAUCGUCCGCGGUUCGGCACCAAGGUAUAACAAACUAUAUAGAAGUGGCUGGCUGUCAUGACGACAGAUAUCUCUGUGGUCCGGUGGGAUCCGGCCAUACAACAAGAUGGAACUGGUAUUGUCGAAGACUAUGAAUAUGAUGGUGGAAACUCGUCAUCCAGACUAUUUGAAAGAUCCAGAAUUAAGGCUUUAGCUGACGAAAGAGAAAGUGUCCAGAAAAAAACAUUUCAAAAAUGGGUGAAUUCCCACCUAGUUCGUGUACAUUCUCGAAUCGGAGAUUUAUACAUAGAUCUCAGAGAUGGCAAAAUGCUUAUAAAACUUUUGGAAGUUCUUUCUGGAGAACGAUUACCAAAACCUACUAAAGGAAAAAUGAGGAUACAUUGUUUAGAAAAUGUAGAUAAAGCUCUGCAGUUUUUGAAAGAUCAAAGAGUACAUUUGGAAAAUAUGGGAUCCCAUGAUAUUGUUGAUGGAAAUCCAAGACUUUCAUUAGGUCUCAUAUGGACUAUCAUUCUUAGAUUCCAAAUUCAAGAUAUUACUAUUGAAGAAACUGACAACAAAGAAACAAAAUCUGCAAAGGAUGCUUUGCUUUUAUGGUGCCAGAUGAAAACAGCUGGAUAUCACAAUGUUAAUGUUCGUAACUUUACUACUUCCUGGCGAGAUGGUCUUGCGUUCAAUGCAAUCAUCCACAAACAUCGUCCUGACCUUGUGCAAUUUGAAAAACUUAACAAAUCUAAUGCCAUGUAUAACUUAAAUAAUGCUUUUAAUACUGCUGAAGACAAAUUAGGAAUUGUAAAAUUAUUGGAUGCUGAAGACGUAUUUGUUGAACAACCAGAUGAAAAAUCUAUUAUUACAUAUGUUGUAACAUAUUAUCAUUACUUCAGUAAAAUGAAACAAGAAACAGUUCAAGGAAAGAGAAUUGGACGUGUUGUAGGUAUAGCUAUGGAAAAUGAACGUACAGCUCUUGAAUAUGAACGUUUAACUAGUGACUUAUUACAAUGGAUUAAGCAGACAAAAGAAUCAUUAGCUGAGAGAAAAUUCUUAAAUUCCUUAAAUGGUGUCCAACAGCAACUACAACAAUUUAAUAACUAUAGAACUGUUGAAAAACCUCCAAAAUUCGUUGAAAAAGGAAAUUUGGAAGUGUUACUUUUUACAUUACAAUCUAAAAUGAGAGCUAAUAAUCAAAAGCCAUAUACUCCCAAAGAAGGAAAAAUGAUUUCUGAUAUUAACAAAGCUUGGGAACAAUUAGAAAAAGCUGAACAUGAAAGAGAGUUAGCAUUAAGAGAAGAAAUCAUAAGACAAGAAAAACUUGAACAGCUAGCUCAAAGAUUUAACAGAAAAGCAAGCAUGCGAGAAACAUGGUUAAGUGAAAAUCAACGUCUUGUUUCUCAAGAUAAUUUUGGUCUGGAUUUAGCUGCUGUAGAAGCAGCAGCAAAAAAACACGAAGCUAUCGAAACAGAUAUAUUUGCAUAUGAAGAACGAGUAGAAGCUGUUGUUACUGUUGCACAAGAACUUGAAACAGAGGACUAUCACGAUAUUGUCCGUAUAAAUGCAAGAAAAGACAAUGUUCUUCGUUUAUGGAACUAUUUACUAGAGCUCUUAAAAGCUCGUCGUCACCGUUUGGAAUUAUCAUUACAAUUACAACAAAACUUCCAAGAAAUGCUGUAUAUAUUGGAUUCAACAGAAGAAUUGAAAAUGAGACUUCUGUCUGAUGAUUAUGGAAAACAUUUAAUGGGAGUUGAAGAUCUUCUUCAAAAACAUAGUCUUGUAGAAGCAGACAUUAAUGCUUUAGGUGAAAGAGUAAAAAGUGUAGUGCAACACUCGCAUAAAUUCUUGGAUGAAGAAAACACAGAAGGCUAUAGACCAUGUGAUCCAGCUGUUAUUAUUGAAAGAGUUCAGGAACUUGAAGAUGCUUAUAGUGAAUUGAUCAAAUUGACUGUUGAAAGAAGAGCUCGCCUUGAAGAGAGUAGGAAAUUAUGGCAAUUUUAUUGGGAUAUGGCAGAUGAAGAAAACUGGAUUAAGGAGAAGGAACAAAUUGUUUCUGCUGGAGAUAUUGGUCAUGACUUGACCACUAUUAAUUUAUUGCUUUCUAAACAUAAAGCACUUGAAAAUGAUAUACAGAGUCAUGAAAGUCAAUUACUUGAAGUAGUCCAAGUUGGAGAAGAUUUGAUAAACAGCAACCAUUUUGGCGCCGAUCGUAUACAGGAACGAGUAUCUAGUACACAUUCUAUGUGGGAACAUUUAAUCUCAUUGGCCAAACAAAGACGCAAACGUUUAGAAAACGCAGUUGAUUAUCAUCAAUGGUUUGCUGAUGCUGAUGAUGUAGAUAUAUGGAUGUUAGAUACAUUGAGACUUGUAUCAUCUGAAGAUGUUGGUCGUGAUGAAGCUAAUGUUCAGUCAUUGUUAAAGAAACACAAAGAGGUAAGUGAAGAAUUACAAUCUUAUUCACAAACCGUAGAAGCUUUACGGUCUCAAGCCAAUCAAUUAAGUGCUGAACCUGGUGCGCCGACAAGUGGACCUGAAGUAAAUGAGAGAAUGUCAUCUAUUGACAAGCGUUAUAAAGAAUUGGUUGAACUGGCCAAACUUCGUCAUCAAAGACUUUUGGAUGCUCUUUCUUUAUAUAAACUCUUCAGUGAAGCUGAUGCUGUGCAACAAUGGAUUGGAGAAAAGAACCGUAUGUUGGAAACUAUGAGCCCUGGUAAAGAUAUAGAAGAUGUUGAAAUAAUGAAACAUCGAUAUGAUGGUUUUGACAAAGAAAUGAAUUCCAAUGCAUCACGUGUUGCCGUUGUUAAUCAAUUGGCACGACAAUUACUUCACGUUGAACAUCCAAACUCAGAUGAAAUUGUUAACAGACAAAACAAUUUGAAUCACGAAUGGGCUGAUCUACGGGAUAAGGCUGAAAGCAAACGUGACCAACUUAAUUCUGCUCAUGGUGUACAGACUUUCCAUAUUGAAUGUAGAGAAACUAUUUCAUGGAUUGAAGAUAAAAAGAGAAUUUUACAGUCUACAGACAGUCUAGAAAUGGAUCUUACUGGAAUAAUGACAUUACAGCGUCGUUUAUCUGGCAUGGAAAGGGAUUUAGCUGCUAUUCAAGCUAAAUUAGACUCAUUAGAAUCUGAAGCAAAAUUGAAUGAAAAAGAACAUCCUGAAGAAGCUGCCGUAAUUCGAGAAAGAAUUGAAACUAUUCAAAAAGAUUGGGAAGAAUUAACACAAAUGUUGAAAGAACGUGAUUCUAAACUGGAAGAAGCUGGUGACCUUCAUCGUUUCUUACGUGAUUUAGAUCAUUUCCAAGCAUGGUUGACUAAAACUCAAACUGAUGUUGCUUCAGAAGAUAUUCCAUCAUCACUAUCAGAUGCUGAGAAACUACUUUCCCAACAUCAAGCUAUUCGUGAAGAAAUUGAUAACUAUACCACAGAUUAUACUCAAAUGAUGGAAUAUGGAGAGAAAGUUACUGCUGAGCCUGGAACACAAGAUGAUCCUCAAUACAUGUUCUUGAGAGAGCGACUCAAAGCUUUGCGUGAUGGAUGGCAAGAGUUACACAAAAUGUGGGAAAAUAGACAACAACUUCUUUCUAAGUCGCUUAAUCUACAAAUGUUUAAUCGCGAUGCUCGUCAAGCUGAAGUAUUACUUUCUCAACAAGAACAUGCUCUAUCUAAAGUUGAAGUACCAUCUAAUCUGGAACAUGCUGAAAAUCUUAUAAAACGUCAUGAAGCUUUCUUAACCACAAUGGAAGCUAAUGAAGACAAAAUUAAUGCUGUCACUCAAUUUGCAAAUAAACUUGUUGAUGAAGACCAUUUCGAAGCUGAUAAAAUUAAAAAGAAAGCAUCAUCCAUACAAGAACGACGUGAAGCCAACCGUGAUAAAGCUCAAGAACUUAUGGAUCAACUUAGAGAUCAAUUACAACUUCAUCAAUUCCUACAAGAUUCAGAUGAACUCCAACAAUGGAUUCAAGGGAAGAAGUUUACAGCUCAAGAUGAAACUUACAGAAGUGCAAAGACCGUACACAGCAAAUGGACACGUCAUCAAGCAUUUGAAGCUGAAAUUGCAUCCAAUAAAGACAGAUUAGAUAGAGUAAAACAAUCAGGAGAAGAGUUAAUGAAAGAGAAACCUGAAUUAGCUCAAAUCAUUCAACCAAAGAUAUCUGAAAUGAUGGGUCAAUUUGAUGAUCUUGAAAAGACUACAAAAGAAAAGGGUGAACGGUUGUUUGAUACUAAUAGAGAAGUACUCAUUCAUCAGACUUGCGAAGACAUUAAUUCAUGGAUGGAUGAUCUAGAAAAACAAAUUGAAGCUGCUGACACUGGAUCUGAUUUGGCAUCAGUCAAUAUUCUUAUGCAGAAACAACAAAUGAUUGAAACACAAAUGGCUGUAAAAGCAAAACAAGUUGUUGAAUUGGAAACACAAGCUGAGCACUUAAAAAAAACUGUCCCAGAAAAGGUUGAAACAAUUAUUCCUAAGAAAACUAAAGUGGAAGAAAGAUUUGAACAACUUAAAGAACCAUUGAAAGUUAGACAAAGACAGUUGGAAAAAAAGAAAGAAGCAUUCCAAUUCAGAAGAGAUGUUGAAGAUGAGAAACUUUGGAUCACUGAAAAAACUCCAUUGGCUACAUCUACAGAAUAUGGAAAUAGUUUAUUCAAUGUCAACAUGUUACAAAAAAAAAAUCAAUCUUUGGGUAAUGAAAUUGACAACCACGAACAUCGCAUUAAUCUUGUCUGCAGCAAUGGUCAAAAGCUAAUUGAUGAAGGGCAUGAAGAUGCUUCACAGUUCACAGAUCUCAUACACGAUCUAACUCAACGCUGGCAACAACUGCAACAAUCUGUUGAACAUCGCAGGAAAAUGUUACUUCAAUCUGAAAAAGCUCAACAAUACUUCUUCGAUGCCAGCGAAGCAGAAAGUUGGAUGGGUGAACAAGAAUUAUACAUGAUGGUGGAAGAACGUGGAAAAGAUGAAAUCUCAGCUCAAAACUUGAAAAAGAAGCACGAAUCUUUAGAAUUGGCUGUUGAUAACUAUGCAGACACAAUUAGACAGUUGGGCGAAACUGCUCGCCAACUUACAAGUGAAAUGCAUCCUGAAAGUGACCAAAUAGCUGUAAAACAGUCUCAAGUUGACAAAUUAUAUGCUGGUCUAAAGGAUUUAGCUGGAGAGCGUCGAGCAAAAUUAGAUGAAGCUUUGAAAUUGUUCAUGUUGCACCGUGAAGUAGAUGAUUUAGAACAAUGGAUUGCGGAACGUGAAAUUGUUGCCGGUUCACAUGAACUUGGUCAAGACUAUGAUCAUGUAACUUUAUUAUGGGAGAGGUUUAAAGAGUUUGCUCGUGAUACUGAAGCAACCGGUAGUGAACGUGUUGCUACUGUCAACGGUAUUGCUGAUCAACUUAUUAACAUUGGCCAUAGUGAUUCAGCUACUAUUGCUGAAUGGAAAGAUAGUCUAAAUGAACAAUGGCAAGAUUUACUUGAACUUAUUGAAACUAGAACUCAAAUGUUGGUUGCUUCACGAGAGUUACAUAAAUUCUUCCAUGAUUGCAAAGAUAUGGUUAGUCGUAUUGCGGAAAAAAGCCAUGAAAUGUCUGAAGAUCUUGGUCGUGACGCUGGCUCUGUCCAUACAUUACAACGUAAACACCAAAGUUUCUUACAAGAUCUACAUACUCUUAGCUCUCAGGUUCAAGCAAUCAGUGAGGAUUCUGCUCGAUUACAAACAUCCUAUGCUGGAGACAAAGCAAAAGAAAUCACUGGAAGAGAAGCAGAAGUUGUGAGUGCUUGGGCUGCUUUACAAUCAGAAUGUGAACUACGUAAACAAAAAUUAGCUGACACCGGAGAUUUACAUAAGUUCUUCAAUAUGGUUAGAACACUAACUUUAUGGAUGGAUGACGUAGUUAGGCAGAUGAAUACAUCAGAAAAACCAAGAGAUGUUAGUGGUGUAGAACUAUUAAUGAAUAAUCACCAAAGCUUAAAAGCAGAAAUUGAUACCAGAGAAGAUAAUUUCACGGCUUGCAUUUCCUUAGGCAAAGAAUUACUUUCAAGAAACCAUUAUGCUUCUAAUGAAAUCAAAGAUAAACUAUUGCUUUUGAACUCUCAGAGAAGCUCAUUACUUAAUAGGUGGGAAGAGCGAUGGGAAAAUCUUCAACUAAUUUUGGAAGUAUAUCAAUUUGCCAGAGAUGCUGCAGUUGCUGAAGCAUGGUUAUUGGCUCAAGAACCAUAUAUCAUGAGCCUGGAAUUAGGAAUGACUAUUGAUCAAGUAGAAAAUUUGAUCAAGAAACAUGAAGCAUUUGAAAAAUCAGCCAUUGCACAGGAAGAAAGAUUCUGUGCAUUAGAACGUUUAACCACCUUUGAAUUGAAAGAAAUUCAACGUAGAAAAGCAGAAGAAGAACGAAAACGCCAAGAAGAGCUAGCUAAACAGGCAGCUCAAGCUGAAGCUGAAGCAGCAGAAAAGUCUGCAGCGGAAGAAGCAUCAAAAGUAGAUGGAAAACAGACUAAAGAUGGGGAAGGUCGUCCUGUGCAUGACAGCUCUGCAUCAAGUAGGAAGAGCAUUGCCAGUCCCGCUGCACCUGCAGGGGUCGCUAGAUCUGCAUCUACCUUGCCCUCAACUUCGCGAAGCCAAUUAGUCAAAGACCGCAACAAGGACAGGUCACGCUCAAAGUCACCAUUCCGCAGUUUCCGGUGGAAAAAGUCACCACAAAAGAGCCCGUUGUCAGCUGUGUCAGCUAGCGACGACGAGGCUACCGUUGAACCUACUUCAGAUCAAUCAGCCACUGAAGCUGAUGGUGAAAUUCUAGAAGGUAUACUCAACAGGAAACACGAAUGGGAAUCUACCACGAAAAAAGCGUCCAACAGGUCGUGGGACAAGGUGUUCGUGUGCGUGGUCGGCACGAACUUGGCGUUCUACAAGGACGCGAAAGCGGCAAAAACGUCGCCGGACACGUACUUCAAGGGCGAGGCGCCGAUCGAUCUGCGCGGCGGCUCGGCCGAGGUGGCCACCGACUACACCAAGAAGAAGUUCGUGCUGCGCGUGAAGCUGGCCAGCGGCGCCGAGUUCCUGUUCCAGGCGCGCAACGACGCCGAGAUGCACCAAUGGGUGAACACGCUGAAGGCGGUGUGCGAGCAAGACGCGGCGGGCACGCAGUCGCGGUCGCAGACGCUUCCGGCCGUGGGCGACAAACGCGGCGACGAGCCCAAACGCCGUAGCUUCUUCACGCUAAAAAAGGUGUGAGCCCCGAACCGUAAACGUUGACGGCCACCACUCGACGACAAAAACAAACAGCACACGUUUAAAAAAAAAAAAAAAAAAAAAAAA